AUGAAAGCAAUCUUACAAAGAGUGACAUCUGCUUCGGUUACUGUUGACAAGCAGCUUGUCUCGUCAAUUGGCCGUGGGGUGCUGGUGUUUGCCGCUGUCGGGCCAGAUGAUACCCAGAAAGAUGCAGAUACCCUUGCGGCCAAGCUGUUGAAGCUGAAGAUGUGGCCCGAUGAAACUGGGGCAAAUUGGAAGAGGAAUGUGCAAGACAUCAAGGGAGAGGUCCUCUGCGUAUCACAGUUCACGCUGCUUGCUACGCUGAAAAAGGGCAACAAGCCGGACUUCCACAAAGCAGCUGACCCGACGACAGCACGAGAAUUAUAUGAGUACUUUUACUCAAGGGUACAGAGUCUGUACGCCGCAGACCGGGUCAAGGACGGAGUCUUCCAGGCCAUGAUGGAAGUAGGGUUGGUCAACGACGGACCGGUCACUCUAGAGAUCGACACCAAUCCCGCAAAGAAAGAGGAGAGUGCCAGUGCCAGUACCAGUGCCAGUUAG